AUGUCUGAGCCCAUCCUUGGUGCCGGCAGGAGCCCGGUGGAAAACGACCCUGGGUAAGCAAGCCUUCAUAAUAGCUCAGUCGGCAGAGCGCGAGACACUUAAUCUCAGGGUUGUGGGUUUGAGCCCCAGACAUAGCUGUCAACCGUCCCUUAUUUGGCGGGAAAGUCCCUUAUCCCAGAGCCGUGUCCCGCUGCUGUCCCUUAUUGAUGAUGUCCCUUAAAUUUCCCGUGUUUCAAAGGAAGCAGCUCCUCUCCCUCCCUCCCUGCCGGUCAGGGAGGAGGGAGGCUCCAACUGUGUUGCUUGGCUGCGUUGCUCACCCAAUAAGGAGUCUAAGAAUGACUGGGGGGGUGGAGCUUGCAUGCCUUGUGCCAAUCAAAUCGGCCGCGUUGCCUGGGGACUCGCCUUUGCUCAGCGCUUCCCAGCGGAGAGGUGACGGUGGUUUUCCUUGCUGCAUCCCCUUUGCCGGGUUGCUGCGCUGUGGGAACCACCGCUUGAGGAUUCCUUUGGCUGCUGGCUGGGCUUUCUGCCUUUGGCUCGGAGGGGCUCAGAAGUUGAACAUACCUGUGCUUGGAAAAUCCCUUAUUUUGGCUGCUGAUCCCUUAUUUUCAAGGCUGCCGGUCCCUUAUUUUCAAAUCUGUAAGUUGACACCUAAGGCCCCAGACUGGGCAAAAGAUUCCUGUGUUGGACUGGAUCAUUGUUUCCCUAACUUGGAUCUCCAGCUGUUUUUGGACUACAGUUCCCACGAUCCCUCACCACUGGUCCUGCUAGCUAGGGAUGAUGGGAGAUGUAGUCCAUAAACAGCUGGACACCCAAGUUUGGGAAACACUGGACUAGAUGGUUCUCAUGGUCCCUUCCAACUCUGCAGUUCUAAGGUUCUGUGAUCUCUAUGUGAACGAGGGAAUAGAUUUGCCAGCCUCACUGCGGCCCACAUGGCACCUUCCAGAUGCUGUUGGACUACCAUUCCCAUCAUCCCCAGCCAGCACAGCAUGAUGGGACUUGAAGUCCCACAACAUCUGGAGUUGCCAGGGACUGGCAGGAUGCUGAUCAGCUGCCGGGUGUGUGUGUGUGUGAGGAAACAGGGCUGGAGUCUGACUUGUGGGGAGCAGUGAUUUGUGGGGAACUGUACCAGCCAGAAGUACCAGACCAUAAAGAAGGCUGAUCGCCGAAGAAUUGAUGCUUUUGAAUUCUGGUGCUGGAGGAGACUCUUGAGAGUCCCAUGGACUGCAAGAAGAUCAAACCUAUCCAUUCUGAAGGAAAUCAGCCCUGAGUGCUCACUGGAAGGACAGAUCCUGAAGCUGAGGCUCCAAUACUUUGGCCGCCUCAUGAGAAGAGAAGACUGCCUGGAAAAGACCCUGAUGCUGGGAAAGAUGGAGGGCACAAGGAGAAGGGGACGACAGAGGACGAGAUGGUUGGACAGUGUUCUCGAAGCUAGCAGCAUGAGUUUGACCAAACUGCGGGAGGCAGUGGAAGACAGGAGUGCCUGGCGUGCUCUGGUCCAGGGGGUCAUGAAGAGUCGGACACGACUAAACAACAACAACAACAACAACAACAGUACCAGCCAGGAGGCAAGAGCUGGAGGCAGGGCAAGCUCCAGAGCUGUUUUUGCAGGCCACGGCGGGCGAGAGACCUUCCUCCUGUUAACUCUUUCCCCACCUCCAAUGCCAAGAGCGGUAGUCUCGUAAUCUGGUGAACCGGGUUUGCGUCUCCGCUCCUCCACAUGCAGCUGCUGGGUGACCUUGGGCCAGUCACACUUCUCUGAAGUCUCUCAGCGCCACUCACCUCACAGAGUGUUUGUUGUGGGGGAGGAAGGGAAAGGAGAUUGUGAGCCGCUUUGAGACUCCUUAGGGUAGUGAUAAAGCGGGAUAUCAAAUCCAAACUCUUCUUCUUAUACAGCCUAUGCCACACCCUGGUGAACGGAAAGUGCGAGAGCCCCAUCACACUUUUGGACCGGCUGUCUGCAACCCGAAGCAUUUGGGAGAUUCUUGAGAGCCAACCAGAACAAGCCAAGGAGUUGCUGUCAGUACACCCACCUGGGGUAAGCGGCCAGCAAAUUUUAUUUUUUUAAUGGGAUGAGUCCAGUGUGGGCAGGUGUAUGGGGUGUUAGGGGAGGGGUAGCACCUCUGGCGGGGGACACAUCAUGCUCCUUCUGGGGUAGUUUGUUCACCUUGGGUCCCUAUCCUGCACUUAGCUCUCACCUGGGGCUCCCAGAAGCUGUCAGCAUGCAACAGCAGCCACACCCUGUGUCAGGGAACUGCCAUCGGCUCAGGGGCGAGAGGGGAAAAGCCGGAUGGAUUACAGAGAGCCCCCAAAGAUCGUGGGAAGCAGCACCUCCUCAGCGGAGGAGAGUAACCACGCCUCCAGUGGAGAGGCGCUUCAGGGCUCAGAGGAGGCGAGGCGGUGCCAGGACACCUUGCCUGGGCAAAGCGGGGAGGAGAGAGGUCCUCCGUUACCCACGCCCUCCCUGCGCAGUAGGCUUCCGCGCCGAGAGGGGAGGCGCAGACUGGGCAUCAAGAAACUACUCUGCUGGGGAAGGUUUAAGAACCGCCCACUCACGGAUUCUGCCAGUGAUUGCUACAGGAGAGUUGCGGUCUGCACAGAGAAAGUUUAUUUUGGCAUCAAAAGCAAGGCUUCACAGCCGAGCAGGGAGGCAUUUGCCUACUUGCUCUCGAGCAACCCCUUGGUACCUUAACACCCUGGAAACGGCUUCAACCAACCAGCUAAACCCGGUGCGGGUAGCCGAUGGGUCUCAGACCCUCAGUGAGUUAGGGACUUCCCCUGCAUGCGAAGACAGGCUCUGGUGGGUUGAGUGGCGAGACCAAGAGUGGGUCCAACGGUCAAGAAGGUAGUUUCUGCCCAUGCUACAGAGAGAAGUGAGAGGCAGAUGGGGCUUGUCCACCUGGGAAGGGAGCCCAUCUAGGAGAAGGAAGACUCUGAUCCUCAACCUCUGCUGCCUUGUGGGAUAUCUUCAGGAGAAGAAAAAGUUCAGGAGUACCAAAUAGGCCUAGGAUUAAAUUAGGAUUUAAAAAUGGGAUUGACAACGGUAAGAAAAGUGAAUCAAUUAGAUUAUAAUUGGAAAUAUUUUUGGUUAAUAAUGAUAUUGGAAAGCGGUAACAUACAGAUACAAGGAAAUUCAGAAGGGAGUGAAUAGGGGAAGUCAAUAAUAUGUUUAUAAGAUUGGAAUUUUAAAAGAAUUAAGUUUGUUUUCAUUGUUUAUUUGUUUAUUUGUUUAUUUUUGAUGCACUCUUUCUUUUUCGUUUUUGUUUGUGUUUGUGAUUUUGUUACGUGAUAUUUGUUAUAAUUGUGGAAAACCUAAUAAGAUUUUAUAUAUAUAUAUAUAUAUAUAUAUAUAUAUAUAUAUAUAUAGUUCAGGAGCAAACCCUGCACAAAUCCAGAGUAGGACCUAAGACGGUUGGAUGGCCCCUUGUACGCCUCCUUCUGGUGUUGUAACUCCCAACAGAGGCUAUAGAAGGAUUGAAACCAAGGAUAAAGGACUUCAUGGAUUAAGGGAUCCUUGUGCCCUGUGCCAGCCCAUGUAAUUCUCCCCUUCUUCCUGUCAAGAAACCCAGCCCUCCAGGGACACCCAUCAAAUACCGUCUCGUGCAAGACUUGCGCAUCAUAAAUAACUUUGUAAUCCCAAGACAUGCCAUCACGGCCAAUCCAAACACCAUAUGAACAGGGAUUCCUCCCGAUAGUACACAUUUCAGUGUUGUGGACCUUGGCUCUGCAUUCUUCUCCAUAAGAGUACAUGAGGAAAGCUCCUUUUUGCAUUUACAUGGGAAAACAGUCAAUUAACGUGGACUAGAUUGCCUCAGUUGUCAGGGGGAUGCGGGUGGAGCUGUGGGUCAAACCACAGAGCCUAGGACUUGCCGAUCAGAAGGUCGGCGGUUCGAAUCCCCGCGACGGGGUGAGCUCCCGUUGCUUGGACCCUGCUCCUACCAACCUAGCAGUUUGAAAGCACAUCAAAGUGCAAGUAGAUAAAUAGGUACCGCUCCGGCGGGAAGGUAAACGGCGUUUCCGUGCGCUGCUCUGGUUCGCCAGAAGCGGCUUAGUCAUGCUGGCCACCAGAUGACCCGGAAGCUGUACGCCGGCUCCCUCGGCCAAUAAAGCAAGAUGAGCACUGCAACCCCAGAGUUGGUCAUGACUGGACCUAAUGGUCAGGGGUCCCUUUACCUUUAUCUUUAGAUUGCCCCAAGGCUACGUAAAAAGUACCACCACCUUCGCGUCAGCCCUCCUGCAGCCAAGCCAGAGGCCAAACGUCUUACUCUGCUUCCCUCUGGACCACACCAGUGAGUCCAAGAGGGGGUUCUUGUCCUCUGAGCAGGACCUCCAUUCACACUGCCCAGGCUUGUGCCCUGGAGAGGUCGCAGUUUGGCUUCAUCCCUGGAGGCGACUCCAUUGUCUGUUGAGACAGAUGGAGGCCAACAACAACAAUGGAGUGACAGACAUGCCUUCCAAGAGCAUCUCGUAUUGGGGGCGUUCAUAUUUGGUUAUGGGCCCUUGUGAAAGAAGCUGAUUGGGAAAAGUUGCACGGAGGCUCCAUCUGCACUUAAAAAACGUCCAUACCACUUUAAACCUUUGUGGUUUCCCCCAAAGAAUCCUGGGGAAUGUAGUUUGUUACCGCUGCUAAGAAUUUCUAGGAGGCUCUUAUGGAUGACCCAUCUCUUAAAAAGCAGAGACACCACCUUGCCAACAAAGGUCCGUAUAGUUAAAGCUAUGGUUGUCCCAGUAGUGAUGUAUGGAAGUGAGAGCUGGACCACAAAGAAGGCUGAUGGCUGUGCUGGAGGAGACUCUUCAGAGUCCCAUGGGCUGCAAGAAGAUCAAACCUUUCCAUUCUGAAGGAAAUCAGCCCUGAGUGCUCACUGGAAGGACAGAUCCUGAAGCUGAGGCUCCAAGACUUUGGCCACCUCAUGAGAAGAGAAGACUCCCUGGAAAACUCCCUGAUGUUGGGAAAGAUGGAGGGCACAAGGAGAAGGGGACGACAGAGGACGAGAUGGUUGGACAGUGUUCUUGAAGUUACCAGCAUAAGUUUGACCAAACUGCGGGAGGCAGUGGAAGACAGGAGUGCCUGGCGUGCUCUGGUCCAGGGAGUCACGAAGAGUCGGACACGACUAAACAACAACAAAUGACCCAUUUAAAGUGGCACAGCACCGCUUUAAACGUAGAGUACAGAUGGCAGGGGGCAUGGAACCCAUAUCACCUGGAAGCUGCCAACUCCCAUUGGUCCUAGCAUCUUACGGUCAUACUGGCUGGGGCUGAUGGGAGUUGUAGUCCAAAGCACGGGGGCGGGGGUUGUGCGCCAUGUUAGGGAACGCUGCCACUGGACACUGAAGAAGCAGCAGCAGCAGCAGCAGCAGCAAAGUUGCUCCUUGUAACCUUCUCAGUGUGCUUGCAGAUGCAGAGUCACAAAUGUUGCUGGUGGUUUCCUCUUUCCUGCUUAAAGGGGAAGGGAAGGAGGUGGGGGGUGGGUCUUGCUUCAUUGACUGUGCUAUCCAGAGGCAAGCGGAUUUCUCAUCUCCUUUCUCUCUCAAUCUCUCUCCCCUCCUCCUGCCCCCUUUCCUUUUCCUUCUGCGGCCAGACGUUCAUUAUCGCUGGAAAUGCAGCUGGAGGGUCCAGGGAGCUCUUCCUACGAACACAGGAAAACAGGAGUGAUGCUGUCUGCUCUUUCUCUAUCCAGGACAACGGUGCAGGUGAGUUGGUUCGGUCCCUCUGAGGGUCUUCUGUAUCUGACCUGUGCUGAACCACAGAUUCAUUUGUUCCCAGGGUCUGGUGCUUUGGGGCUAAACUGGAGUUCCUGGAGGCGGUUGGAGGAUGGAUGGCGGCUAACAGAUUGAGGUUGAAUCCUGACAAGACAGAAGUCCUGUUUUGGGGGGACAGGGGGCGGGCAGGUGUGUGGGAUUCCCUGGUCCUGAAUGGGGUAACUGUGCCCCUGAAGGACCAGGUGAGCAGCCUGGGAGUCAUUUUGGACUCACAGCUGUCCAUGGAGGUGCAGGUUAAUUCUGUGUCCAGGGCGGCUGUCUACCAGCUCCACCUGGUACGCAGGCUGAGACCCUACCUGCCCACGAACUGUCUCACCAGAGUGGUGCAUGCUCUAGUUAUCUCCCGCUUGGACUACUGCAAUGCGCUCUACGUGGGGCUACCUUUGGAGGUGACCCGGAAACUGCAAUUAAUCCAGAAUGCAGCAGCUAGACUGGUGACUGGGAGUGGCCGCUGGGACCACAUAACACCGGUCCUGAGAGAUCUGCAUUGUCUCCCAGUACGUUUCCGACCACAAUUCAAAGUGUUGGUGCUGACCUUUAAAGCCCUAAACAGCCUCGGUCCAGUAUACCUGAAGGAGCGUCUCCACCCCCAUCAUUCAGCCCGGACGCUGAGAUCCAGCGCCAAGGGCCUUCUGGCGGUUCCCUCAUUGCAAGAAGUGAGGUUCCAGGGAACCAGACAGAGGGCCUUCUUGGUGAUGGAGCCUGCCCUGUGGAACGCCCUCCCUUCAGAUGUGAAGGAAAUAAGCAGCUAUCCUAUCUUUAAAAGACAUCUGAAGGCAGCCCUGUUUAGGGAAGUUUUUAAUAUUUAAUGCUGUACUGUUUUUAACACUUGAUUGGGAGCUGCCCAGAGUGGCUGGGGAAACUCAGCCAGAUGGGCGGGGUAUAAAUAAAUUAUUAUUAUUAUUAUUAUUAUUAUUAUUAUUAUUAUUAUUAUUACUGCCUGUGUACAUGGAAGCUCUACUGAACUACUGCGGCGAAUAGCCACUUGCUAGACCAUGUGUGCUUUUGCGGGAGCUGGGCAGAGGGGGAGAAGGCUGAUUUUCAAAUUAAUAGCACCUGCACAUUUUGCCUUCUGACCUGGGAACUGCUGCCGGCCAGUGCCAGCAAUACUGAACUUGAUGGACCCGAAGGCCUGACUCAUUGUAAAUCAUCUGCCUACGUUCCCAAGUCCUCGAUCCGAGAAUCGUACGUGCUUGAACCUUUGCUCCUCUGUCCCUGCUGUACCAGCGUCACUGUUCCCCGCCUGGAAAUCUACCCCCCCUUGCUCUAACCUUUAGACCCCACUCCCUUCCUCUAAAUUAGGCCUCAUCCAUUAUUCAUCCCCGGUGGGUUUUGCAACACAAUUUCCUCCUGCUUAAAAGGGGAAAUGGUUGGGAGAGGCUUAGGAGGGCUGGUCCUUGCAGGUUGCAGGUCUCUCACGAAAUGGGGGUCUCCCUUCAGUCUUGUGGUGGGGCUAGGAAGUUAACUCUCCCCCCCACAGCCACUUUUUUUGGGAUUUCUGGCUGAGCUGCUCCUUUAUCAACUGCCUCCUGAGAAACGCCACCUAAUUAAUUAAUUUAAUUAAAUUAAAUUAAUGAAUGUUAGAAUGAUGUUGGAUUGAAGUUAAGGGGUUUCUAGCUGUACAGGCCAAAAGAAUAUGGAAAAAUUGGUUUUAAUAUGUAAAAUCUAAAAUUUAAAGUUUUAUUAUAUCAAGAUUAAAGAUUAGGAUUAAAAAGGAGGGAAAGGAAUUGUUGGAUUAACAUAUUUAAUUAGAAUACAAAAGAGGGAGGUAAGAGGAGGUCCGGGAAACAAGUAAAUGUAAAAGAAGUGAGGAAAAGAUGAAAUUGUUUUUAAUUGUUUUUUCUUUUUUUACUUUGUAUUUUUUCUUUUUAUUGUUAAUUCUUUCUUUACUAAUGUGGUUUUUUUCUUGUGAAACUUUAAUAAAUAUUAUUUUAAAAAAAAAAAAAGAGAAACGCCACCUUCCUCUUUUCUGAGCCCAGCCGCAGGUGAGGAACUCUUAUUGAAUGUGUGGGUGGCAUUUUUCUUGCUGCUUCCAAGGAGCUCAGCAUCUGUUCUUGUCUCCUAACCCCCUUUAUCCCCACAACGACCCGGUGAGGUUAUUAUUAUUAUUAUUAUUAUUAUUAUUAUUAUUUAUUUAUACCCCACCCUCCCCAGCAAAGGCCGGGCUCAGGGCGGCUAACAAGCAAUAAUAAAAACAAGCUGAAUGAAUACAACUUAAAAACAAGAUUAAAAUACAACAUUAGAAUAUUGAAACAUUAAAAUAUUAAAAUGCAGCCCCAUCACAGGAGGAGAAAGGAAAAAGGAAAAAGAAAGAGGGGGAGGGAAUCAAAUUGGCUCCAAGCCAAAGGCCAGGUGGAACAACUCUGUCUUACACGCCCUGCGGAAAGAAAUCAGAUCCUGCAGGGUCCUGGUCUCAUGAGGCAGAGCAUUCCACCAGGCCGGGGCCAGUGUUGAAAAGGCCUUGGCUCUGGUUGAAGCUAAUCUAACUUCCUUAGGGCCCGGGACCUCUAGGGUGUUGCUAUUUAUGGACCUUGAGGCUCUCCGUGGGGCAUACCGGGAGAGGCGGUCCCGUAGGUACGAGGGUCCUAGGUAGGCUAGAUACCCAUACUGGAGUUUACUGUGUGCAUUCAUUCCCAUUUAAUUCGCACAGUCCACAGGACAUCGCCCUCAAACAACACCAAUCUCCAUGCUGUCUUCCUGUAAAUUCAAGGUUUGCCCAAUACGGGGUGUGUGUGUGUGUGUGUGUGUGUGUGUAAUCCAAUAAGCUGGGGAAAAUUGGGCUGCAAACCACACUCCAGUCGAGGUCACAGGCAAUUUCCGCCUGUGUUUUUGGGUGAGUGGAUCAACUGUCACCUUCCGCUACUCCCCUUUCCGUGCCUACCACUUCCUCAUUCUCGUCAUUUGUUUGCUUGUCAUUAUUUCUGGUGGUGUCUUUGUCCAUGGCGUUUUCUUGGCAGGGAUACUGGAGUGGCUUGCCGGUUCCUCCUCCAGGUGGAUCACGUUUGGUCUAAACUCUCCACUAUGACCUGUCCAUCUUGGGUGACCCUGCAUGGCAUAGCUCAUAGCUUCUCUGAGUUAUUCAAGCCCCUUUGCCACGGCAAGGCAGGCUGGACCUAAUGGUCAGGGGUCCCUUUACCUUUAACUGUGCUUUUGCAAACUACUUCGGUGAAUUUUGUUUCUUUUUUUUAAAAGGUGGGUACACCCAGCUAUCUCUGCAUAUGCCAUGCCGGCCCAUGGGAUAGCAGAAUCAUAGACAAAUUCACAUACGUGGGGGUGUAGACAACCCCAGUCUAAUUCGAAUGAGGAAAAUGUGUCUUAACGGCUAAAAAACACUCAGAUGUUGUCAAAGGACUAAGAAAGAGUCUCCAAGGUAACUUGGAGGUAAUAUCCGGGGUUGACAGAGGAGGACCCUUCUCAUUAAGAGAAAUAAUAACAACAACAAUAAUAGUAAUAAUCAUAAUUUUAUUUAUACCCUGCCCGUCUGUGGCUGCGCCUUCUAGUACUGGAAAGAUUGGGGAGUGGGGUCCCUACAAGAGGGUAAAGGUAAAGGGUAAAGGGACCCAUGACCAUUAGGUCUAGUAGCGAACGAUUCUGGGGUUACGGCGUUCAUCUUGCUUUACUGGCCGAGGGAGCCAGCGUUUGUCCGCAGACAGCUUCCGGGUCAUGUGGCCAGCAUGACUAAGCUGCUUCUGGCGAACCAGAGCAGCGCACGGAAACGCCGUUUACCUUCCCGCCAGAGCGGUACCAAUUUAUCUACUUGCACUUUGAGGUGCUUUCGAACUGCUAGGUUGGCAGGAGCUGGGACUGAGCAACGGGAGCUCACCCCGUCGUGGGGAUUCGAACCGCCGACCUUCUGAUUGGCAAGCCCUAGGCUCUGUGCUUUAACCCACAGCACCACCCGCGUCCCCAGUACAAGAGGGUAGCACGUGUAAAAUAAAUGCAAUGACAGGGAGCUGUCUCUCACGCCAAGGCGGUCUGUAAUCUAAUCUUCUUCUGGAUGCUCGCAGCUCUCCAGAAACUCUCCCCGCCCCCAGCUGUCUCUUCAGGAUCUGUUUUUAACUGGAGAUGUUGGGAAUUGAUCCAAGUUCUCCUGCGUGCAAAUCAUGCGCUUUGGUUAAUGAGCUCAGUGUCCUUCCUGCGUGCACCACCACGAAAUAAUUCGAACUCGAAUGAGAGAGAGAGGAUGGAAGUGGCUGUUGCUACCCGCAGGCCCCACCCCAUAAGCAAAGUGUGGGUUCUUCUUCUUGGAAAUGAAGUUUGUUUCUUCUCCGCAGUCAUGUGUUUUGCUCGACUGAUGGAAGGACGGACGAGGGGAUAUAGCAGAGUGCGUAGCCCUGCUGAACGGUCUCUUCAAAUUUGAAGGUUCAUUAUUGUUCCACAAGAUGUGUAUUUCUUUAAGGGCCAGAGCAAAUAGCAUGACCUAGUUUUACAGCUGUGAAGCGGUAUAGCCGGUGCUGUUAAGUUAUGUUAAUUAAGCUGCUGGGUAUAGUAUAUAAAGAGCAGAACCUAGCUCUCUCAGUACCCUGGUGGUUGGGUCAUGCUUAUAGAUAUAUUUAAUGUAAAAGGAGUUUUUGUUUUUGUUAUUAAAACCUCGCUAAAGUUAUUUUUGCGUUCCUUGUAAUGCGUGGUCUCCCCAAGACGCUUUCUGCAGCACAACUAAUCUGCAAAUAGCCAACAAGCCCAUGGGUUACGACCCUGGCAUAGAGUGGGGCAGAUCUGGAUUUGAAGAUUGUUGUGUGGGUGUGAUGGGGGUCACCAGCCUGGGCAGACACGAGAUGUGGAUGCUGUUCAAAAUUUGAACAUGGUAUGAAUGAGCUCCAGGCUGAUUGAUCUAUGGAGGAAGCACACCUUCCUGCUAUAUAUUGUUGUUGUUGUUGUUGUUGUUGUUUAGUCGUUUAGUCGUGUCUGACUCUUCGUGGCCCCCUGGACCAGAGCACACCAGGCACUCCUGUCUUCCACUGCCGCCCGCAGUUUGGUCAAACUCAUGCUGGUAGCUUCAAGAACACUGUCCAACCAUCUCGUCCUCUGUCGUCCCCUUCUCCUUGCGCCCUCCAUCUUUCCCAACAUCAGGGUCUUUUCCAGGGAGUCUUCUCUUCUCAUGAGGUGGCCAAAGUAUUGGAGUCUCGGCUUCAGGAUCUGUCCUUCCAGUGAGCACUCAGGGCUGAUUUCCUUCAGAAUGGAUCGGUUUGAUCUUCUUGCAGUCCAUGGGACUCUCAAGAGUCUCCUCCAGCACCAUAAUUCAAAAGCAUCAAUUCUUCGGCGAUCAGCCUUCUUUAUGGUCCAGCUCUCACUUCCAUAUAUAGAUAGGAUAAAGAUUAUUUUUUUCUGAUUUUAAAGUGGCAUUCUUUCCUCUUUUCUUAUACCAUGUUUAUACAUUUUGGAGAACUGGGCUUUUUCAUUGCGCUGCUCCUCUGCCGUCCCUCACUCUCGUUCAUUGGCUUGCAAACUCUUGAGAUGCUUAGAUCUUUGGCACGUUACAAAUCCAUAACGUUGUUGCGAUGCUUUGGGGAAGCAAGGAGGGACUAGGGCUUUCCAAUGCAGAGGCCAGUGAGUUUAUAGUCCUGACGGACACCGUGGGAUCUGGUGCUUUUGUAACACAGAGGACUAGAAGGCUGGACUCGAGGAUUCCAUCCUUGGAUUUCGUGUUUGACGUCUCCUUUGUGGUGGCCCUGGUAGGACUUCACAUGCCUUAAUUUGAGCCCCUUGUGAUUCAGCUUGGCAAUUGUAGGGUCAGUCCGGAUCCAGAUAAAGGAUGCCUCUAGCCAUGGGCAGAGUGUAGCUUUCUCUCUGCUGCACCUGGGGUUAUGGGAAGGAUGACUGGUCAAGCCAGGUCUUUACUAGCAGGUCUCUCUAACUGUUCAAUGACUGACCAGUCACUUUAAUAGUAAUACAGUGGUACCUCGGGUUAAGUAAUUAAUUCGUUCUGGAGGUCUGUUCUUAACCUGAAACUGUUCUUAACCUGAAGCACCACUUUAGCUAAUGGGGCCUCCUGCUGCUGCCGGGCCACCGGAGCACGAUUUCUGUUCUCAUCCUGAAGCAAAGUUCUUAACCCGAGGUACUAUUUCUGGGUUAGCGGAGUCUGUAACCUGAAGCGUAUGUAAUGUGAAGCAUCUGUAACCCGAGGUACCACUGUAAUAAUAAUAAUAAUAAUAAUAAUAAUUUAUUAUUUGUACCCCGCUCAUCUGGCUGGGUUUCCCCAGCCACUCUGGGUGGCUUCCAACGAAGAUUAAAAAUGCAUUAAAAUGUCACACAUUAAAAGAUUCCCUGAACAGGGCUGCCUUCAGAUGUCUUCUAAAUGUCAGGUAGUUGUUUAUCUCUUUGACAUCUGACGGGAGGGCGUUCCACAGGGCGGGCGCCACUACCGAGAAGGCCCUCUGCCUGGUUCCCUGUAACUUGGCUUCUCGCAGUGAGGGAACCGCCAGAAGGCCCUCGGUGCUGGACCUCAGUGUCCAGGCAGAACGAUGGGGGUGGAGACACUCCUUCAGGUAUACUGGGCCUUUGAGGCUGUUUAGGGCUUUAAAGGUCAGCACCAACACUUUGAAUUGUGCUGGGAAACGUACUGGGAGCCAAUGUAGGUCUUUCAAGACUGGUGUUAUAUGGUCUCGGCGGCCGCUCCCAGUCACCAGUCUAGCUGCCGCAUUCUGGAUUAGUUGUAAUGAUUAUCUGCAUUGUUUUUAAUGCUGCUUUAUGUUUUACUUUUGCGUAACGUUCCCCCAAAGAAUCCUGGGAACUGUGGGUUGCCCUUUGCAGAGCUACCGCUUCCAGUGCCCUUAACAAACUUCAGUUCCCAGGGUUCUUUGGGGAGAAGUCACGCGCUUUCAACGUGUGUUGACUCCGUAAAAGUGUGCAUUACUCGGCCUGUGAAGUUUGGCAAAUAGCCGUGUUGCAACGAUUGUCCCACAAGCUUCGAGUAAUGAAAGUAAUCAAUGAUAGGCAGAGAAGCUUUAAAUGGUUGGGGUCUCCUUGCCCCAAAAGACCUUCUGCGUGGGGAGAGGAUUGAAAGGGUCAAACAAACACCCCCCCCAACAUGUGGCCUAUAAUUGCACUGCCUUCUUCUGAUGCUUCUCUCAUUCUCACAGUGAUUUAUCUGGAGGGCUCCUUGCUGCAUUUCAGAGACCUCUUGGAGCUGGUCUCUUUCCACCUUGUGAGCAGGUGAGUGUCUGGGGGUAGUUGCUGAUGGGGAGACCGGGGGGGGGGGCGGGUUGGGUUGUCGGCUCUCUCCAUAGCUGUCAACUUACAGAUUUGAAAAUAAGGGACCAGCAGCCUUGAAAAUAAGGGACCAGCAGCCAAAAUAAGGGACUUGCAGCCUCACCUGUUCCAGGCACUCCAGGCUUCCUGUCCUCCUGCAGUCUGGUCAAACUCAUGCUGGUAGCUUCAAGAACACUGUCCAACCAACUUUGUAACCAUAGGUUCAACUGAAUAGAAUCUGAAUCACAUGCACCACAAGGCCUAUGCAGCCUCAACUUAAGAUGGCUCCCCGGCCUGGCUUUGCACUGCAAAGUUUGCAGCAGCACGUGCAACAAAAUGGCGUCCAGCAUUCAAAAAACUCCUCAGCUUGCAUUAACUAGCCACACACAAGGCAUGCAAGCUCCACCCCCCAGUCGUUCUUAGACUUCUUGUUGGGUGAGCAACACAGCCAAGCAACACAGUUGGAGCCUCCCUCCUCCCUGGCCAGCAGGAAGGGAGGGAGGGAGAGGAGCUGCUUCCUUUGAAAUUUAAGGGACAUCAUUUAAGGGACAUUUAAGGGACAUCCAUCAAUAAGGGACAGCAGCGGGACAUGGCGCUGGAAUAAGGGACUGUCCCUUCAAAUAAGGGACACUUGACAGCUAUGGCUCUCCCUCUGUCCUUUCAUUUGGAUCUUUUGUGGCGGCACUUUCCAGGAAUAAAAAGGGCGCACUGCACGUCCUUCUGAUGACUUCUGUGUCUGCUUUCAGCCAAAUAUUUAUUAUUAUUAUUAUUAUUAUUAUUAUUAUUACAGUGGUACCUCGGGUUACAUGCGCUUCAGGUUACAUACGCUUCAGGUUACAGACUCCGCUAACCCAGAUAUAGUACCUCGGGUUAAGAACUUUGCUUCAGGAUAAGAACAGAAAUCGUGCUCUGGCGGCGCAGCGGCAACAGGAGGCCCCAUUAGCUAAAGUGGUGCUUCAGGUUAAGAACAGUUUCAGGUUAAGAACGGACCUCCAGAACGAAUUAAGUACUUAACCAGAGGUACCACUGUAUUAAUAAUAAUAAUAAUUGCAAUUUAUGACCUGCCUUUUACCCUAAGUUCUCAGGGCAGGUUAGAACAAUUAAAGCACACUGUUAAUAUUAAAGCACAAUAUUGCAUAACAUUAACAAUAAUUUACAACAGCUUUGAAUUGCAGAAAUAGGGUGCCCCCCCAAAAAAAAACAUCUCAAGGUUUGUAAGAAAUCAAUCUUUUAGUGUGGAAGCACCUACACUGGGACUCCCCGCAUCUUGACACCAGGAAGCUGCCUUUAGAAAGGUGUCUAAACAUUUCCGUUUAAACAAACCUACUCCAAAACAUACAGUGCUGCUGUAUAUUUUUAUCUGUUUUCAGUUUAUUGCUGAUUUUAUCUUUUGAAUGUUUUAAAGAGUUGCUUUUACUGAUAAUGUUAUUGUUUUAUUCUCUUAGAGGGUUCAAAUUUUUUUUACCAUCAGUGUAUAAAUUUUAUGAAAUCAGUCAAUAAAAUAUGAAGUAAAGAAGUAUCAAUCAACAAAUCAAAUCUUUAUUACUGUCAUAGACCAGCAUAAGUAGGGUUGGGUACAGUCUUUUAAAAUCUAUAAAAUGUUUUGGAAAGCUAAAAUUAUUAAAAGAGAAGGUAUAUAUAAAAGACUAUAAGAAUCUAAAAGAAUCUAAAAGAAGGAUUAAGGAGCAUUAAACGGGUGUGGAAGAGCAUAAAAGGUUAUUAUAGAAAAGGCUAUAUGGCUAUCAAUUUACAGAGCACUCUGAUAAAUGAGUGUUCAUUAAAUCUAGUUUGUGAACACCGCUGUGCAGAACCUGCAACACUGUGCGUUGUAGCAGGGUUGGUAUCUGAAAGCAGCAGGAAGGUAUAGAAUUGUCCUGUGCGCCCUGAGUACUUAUGGAAUAGUGGGGAGAUGAGGCUAAUGCUAAUGUCUCUAUAAUAUAGACACUGGAGAAGCACAUGCUCUAUUGUAGGUCUUCAGCUAAUGUCAAAAGAUUGUUGUUGUUUAGUCGUUUAGUCGUCUCCGACUCUUCGUGACCCCCUGGACCAGAGCAUGCCAGGCACUCCCGUCUUCCACUGCCUCCCGCAGUUUGGUCAAACUCAUGUUCGUAGCUUCGAGAACACUGUCCAACCAUCUCGUCCUCUGUUGUCCCCUUCUCCAUCUUUCCCAACAUCAGGGUCUUUUCCAGGGAGUCUUCUCUUCUCAUGAGGUGGCCAAAGUCUUGGAGCCUCAGCUUCAGGAUCUGUCCUUCCAGUGAGCACUCGGGGCUGAUUUCCUUCAGAAUGGAUAGGUUUGAUCUUCUUGCAGUCUUGAUCUUCUUGCAGUCAAAAGAUUACACUACAGGAAAUCGGGGCAAGCUAUUAAGGACACACGCUUGCCCAGACGGAAGCAACCUCUGUAUAAGGCAGCUUCCUAAGUUUCGCUGUGGAUGGCUUGGUGUAAACAGAGGACGCCGCUGCCCUGUGGCUUGUGAUCAUAGCUGUCAACUUACAGAUUUGAAAAUAAGAGACCAGCAGCCAAAUAAGGGACCUGCAGCCUCACCUGUUCCUGGCACUCCAGUCUUCCUGUCCUUCAGUCUGGUCAAACUCAUGCUGGUAGCUUCGGGAACACUGUCCAACCAACUUUGUAAGCAGAGGUUCAACUGAAUAGAAUCUGAAUCACAUGCACCACAAGGCCUAUGCAGCCUCAGCUUAAGAUGGCUCCCCGGCCUGGCCCUGGCUUUGUACUGCAAAGUUUGCAGCAGCACGUGCAACAAAAUGGCGCCCAGCUUUCAAAAAACCUCUCAGCUUGCAUUAACUAGCCACACACAAGGCAUGCAAGCUCCACCCCCCAGUCGUUCUUAGACUUCUUAUUGGGUGAGCAACACAGCCAAGCAACACAGUUGGAGCCUCCCUCCUCCCUGGCCGGCAGGGAGGGAGGGAGAGAAGCUGCUUCCUUUGAAAUUUAAGGGACAUCAUUUAAGGGACAUUUAAGGGACAUCCAUCAAUAAGGGACAGCAGCGGGACAUGGCGCUGGACUAAGGGACUGCCCCUUCAAAUAAGGGACACUUGACAGCUACGCUUGUGAUUCUGGCUGCCUCCUUUGGGAACUGGUUUUGUGAAUGUGCUGCAUUCUGUAUUUCUAGAGACAUCCUGCCCCAUCUGCUGAGGAUCCCAGAUGCCCUUCGACUUCUACACAAGCCUGAAUUAGACGCGGUUGCUGCCUUGGGCAUGAGUGAGUAACAGCAGGGCAGGGGGUGGUGGUAUCGAUUUCUUCCUCCUCCUUGCAAGUCAAAAUUCCUGUCGCUUGGUGUUGCUGGAAUAGGUUGGGUCAACCCAAUUCUACACUGCCUCGCUUUCUGGUCUACAAAUGCUCUCAGGCGGCGCUGCUUAGAAUGCCAGUGUUUUUGGGAGGGAUUCAAUCCUGUACCAACAAUUUGAGGUUGGGAGCUCUUGCACAGCAAGCCGACUUCCCCCAAAGAUCAGAUAUUUUGCCAUAAGGAAAGGGACAGGGAAAUGGCACUGCGAAGUGUGGGAUAUAGCGCUUUGAUGCGACGUCGUCUAACCUCCCCACAAGCAACUCGGAAAACAAAUGCUCAUUAAAUAGCCAACCUUGUCUGUCCUCCCCACAAAAUGAACGCUCAUUCAACAGCCAACAAUGUCUAAUCUCCCCGCAAACACAUCAGAAAUAUUGCUCAAUAAACAGUUUUUCUGGAAGUUCCUACAGUCUUUAUUGGGGGAAAAAUUACAAAAUGGUCUCCUCUCCAAGGCUGGCUUUUGUGUGUGUGCCCAUUAGCCCUCACUCUCCUUGUUCUGGGAUGAGGGUCCUAUGCCUUGCUAAUAAGCUGUAUGAGAGUCAGAAAUCCAGGUGGCCCAGCUAAUGAUACUUUAUUGUUUAUACUCCUCCCAUCUGGCUGGGUUUCCCCAGCCAUGCUGGGCGGCUUCCAACACAAUAUUAAAAUACAGUAAUGCCUCAAACAUUAAAAGCUUCCCUAAACAGGGCUGCCUUCAGAUUUCUUCUAAAAGUCUGGUAGUUGUUGUUCUCUUUGACAUCUGGUGGGAGGGCGUUCCACAGGGCGGGUGCCACUACUGAGAAGGCCCUCUGCCUGGUUCCCUGUAACUUGGCUUCUUGCGGCGAGGGAACUGCCAGAAGGCCCUCGGCGCUGGACCUCAGUGUCUGGGUAGAACGAUGGGGGUGGAGAUGCUCCUUCAGAAAUACUGGGCCUUUGAGGCCGUUUAGGGCUUUAAAGGUCAGCACCAACACUUUGAAUUAUGCUCGGAAACGUACUGGGAGCCAAUGUAGACUUUCAAGACUGGUGUUAUGUGGUCUUGGCGGCCGCUCCCAGUCACCAGUCUAGCUGCUGCAUUCUGGAUUAGUUGUAGUUUCCGGGUCACCUUCAAAGGUAGCCCCACAGAGAGCGCAUUGCAGUAGUCCAAGCAGGAGAUAACCGGAGCAUGCACCACUCUGGUGAAACAGUCUGUGGAGAGAUAAGGGUCUCAGCCUGUGUACCAGAUGGAGCUGAUAAACAGCUGCCCUGGACAUAGAAUUGACCUGCGCCUCCAUGGACAGCUGUGAGUCCAAAAUGACAGAUAGGGUCUCAGCCUGCAUACCAGAUGGAGCUGGUGGAGAAAUCCAGGUGUCCCAUCUCUUUCCAGUUUGCAAUUCCAUGUUGGGAAGCUGCACUUGUUUUAAUAGCUCCCUGUCAGGCAGCUGUUAAUUGAAGGCACAGGAAAGCCACCUGGGAGGGAAAGAGAAAGUAACCUUCACAUUCUCUCUUUGCUUCAUUGUCAGAGUUCUGGACAAUGCCCCUUAAACCUGACGAUGGGCUGGGGUCGGCUGAAGUGGAAGAAGGGCCCGUGGGUCUGGAUGGUGCCCCCUCUAAAUCCAGACAGGCGGUCUGUUCUGUCCGGAUAACGUCCGAGGACGAAGCUCUGUGCAUCAUCAACCCGCUGUUCGUCUCUGUGCACAGCGAUGCUAGCUGGCUUGACCUUGCGUCCAGCUUGCGCCGGUCAAGUAGCACGAGGGGCACUCUGCGGUUCCCGAACGGGCUGGGGACUCCCCAGAAGUCCGGCUCGGUAAAAGCAGCAUCCAGGAAACAAGGAGCCCGUGGGAGUCUGGAUCAUCCAGAGUCUCCAGAAGAGGAGGAGGAGGAGGAGAUGGAGAAAGGUAAGGAGCUGCUGCUAUCAAGGGCAUCCGCCACAUUCAUAGCAUGAAGACUCUGCUUCCAGUUCUCCUGCUUCCCUCGGUGUAUAGGGAAGAUGUUUGGAUCUGGAUUUGAUAUCCCGCUUUAUCACUACCCGAAGGAGUCUCAAAGCGGCUAACAUUCUCCUUUCCCUUCCUCCCCCACAACAAACACUCUGUGAGGUGAGUGGGGCUGAGAGACUUCAAAGAAGUGUGAGUAGCUCAAGGUCACCCUGCAGCUGCAUGUGGAGGAGCAGGGAAGCGAACCCGGUUCACCAGAUUACAGAGUCCACCGCUCUUAACCAUUACACCAUACUGGAUGUGUAGCCUGGUGCCAGAGCAUCUUCCUUGCAUGCAGAAUGACCCAUGUCGGGUCCUCAUCUCCGGGAAUAGCUGGCAAUGCUGUCUGCCUACACCCCGCUGCUCCCAGUCAGUGUGGACAGUGUGCUGAGCUAGAUGGACUGAAUCAGUAUCUUACCAUGUUCAGAAUUAUUGAGGGCAAGGGCCCUUGGCUCAGCAGAAGACCAUCUGCUUUGCAUGCAGAAGGCCCCAGAUUCAAUCCCCAGUAUCUCUGGCUAAGGCUGGGGAAAGUGUCUGCCAGUGUGGUGUAGUGGUUAAGAGUGGUAGACUCGUAAUCUGGUGUACUGGGUUCGCUUCCCUGCUCCUCCACAUGCAGCUGCUGGGUGACCUUGGGCCAGUCACACUUCUCUGAAGUCUCUCAGCCCUACUCUUCUCACAGAGUGUUUGUUGUGGGGGAGGAAGGGAAAGGAGAAUGUUAGCCGCUUUGAGAUUCCUUAGGGUAGUGAUAAAGCGGGAUAUCAAAUCCAAACUCUUCUUCUUCUUCUUCUAUCAGCCAGUAAGGUAGUGUGGUGUGUUUGAAAGAGACGGCGAGAAUUUAUUGAUAUGUAUAGACUGAUUUUGCAAAGUUAAGUUAAGCUAAGCAGAUAUAUAAGAUUCAAUGUUUAAUUACAGUGGUACCUUGGGUUAAGUACUUAAUUCGUUCUGGAGGUCUGUUCUUAACCUGAAAUUGUUCUUAACCUGAAGCACCACUGUAGCUUAUGGGGCCUCCUGCUGCCGUUGCGCAGCCGGAGCACGAUUUCUGUUCUCAUCCUGAAGCAAAGUUCUUAACCUGAAGCACUAUUUCUGGGUUAGUGGAGUCUGUAACCUGAAGCGUAUGUAACCUGAGGUACCACUGUAUUAAGAUACAAAAUUACAAUCUCAAUAAUAAAGUUACAAAAUAAUAACAAGGAAGUCACGCACGGGUGGAGGGAAGACACAGGGCAAGAAAUAAGAAAUGGAUAAAUGAUGGUACAUAACGAAAUGGGGAAAUGUGAAUUUACAGAUAUAAUGUACAGUGGUACCUCAGGUUACAUACGCUUCAGGUUACAUAUGCUUCAGGUUACAGACUCCGCUAACCCAGAAAUAGUACCUCAGGUUAAGAACUUUGCUUCAGGAUGAGAACAGAAAUCGUGCAACAGCAGGAGGCCCCAUUAGCUAAAGUGGUGCUUCAGGUUAAGAACAGUUUCAGGUUAAUAACGGACCUCCGGAACAAAUUAAGUACUUAACCCGAGGUACCACUGUAUAUGUAUCAUUAUGUAAAGAUUUCAUAUGUGUAUUGCAACAUUAAUAAUAAAUUGAAAAGAGACAGAAAAAAUGGAAGAGACAGAAAGCAAGGAAGCAUCAGUGGGAUGCUCUUGCCUGUCUGUUUCACAUGUAAUUCCGCCUGCAGCCAAGAGGCUCCCUGGAGGGUUACUUUUUAAUUGCUGGUUAAUAAUAAUAACUAGUAAUAAUUUAUUAUUUAUACCCCGCCCAUCUGGCUCGGUUUCCCCAGCCACUCAGGGCGGCUCCCCACACAAUAUUAAAAUCAUGAUAAAACAUCAAACUUUAAAGACUUCCCUAAACAGGGCUGCCUUCAGAUGUCUUCUGAAAGUCAGAUAGUUGUUUAUUUCAUUGACAUCUGAUGAGAGGGCGUUCCACAGGGCGGGUGCCACUACCAAGAAGGCCCUCUGCCUGGUUCCCUGUCACCUCACUUCUCACAGGGAGGGAACCGCCAGAAGGCCCUUGGCGCUGGACCUCAGUGUCCGGGCAAAACGAUGGGGGUGGAGACGCUCCUUUAGGUUGAGCAAAUAGAAUUGGAUUAUGAGCCUGGCCUUGCUGAUAAGAGCAGAUUGUGUCCUGUCCGUCCUGGGAAGCAUGUGGACAGAAGGACCAUGCAGAUAAAAGCUGGCAAGCACAAUCCUGGCCUGCACUUUCAGCCGGUAAGGGGUGGGUGGGGGGGGGGAGAGAGAGAGAGAGCGCUUCAGUGUGAUAACUCAGUGAGUACAGGAUGAGACUCUUAAUCUUAUGGUCAUGGGCAUGGCAGGGGUUUGAACUAGACCCUUCUGGUCCCUUCCAACUCUACAAUUCUAGGAUACAAUAAUAGUCUGUUUCGUAUGUACCGUAUUUUUUGCUCUAUAAGAUGCACCCAACCAUAAGAUGCACCUAGUUUUUAGAGGAGGAAAACAAGGAAAAAAAAAAUUCUGAAUCAAAUGUUGUUGAGGAGGAGGCCAGAAACAGGAUAAAGGAAGUCUUUUAUUUCGUUGUUUGUAUUGUCGUAUGUUAUGCUUGUUGUUUGUUAUGUUCGUGUUUGAUGGGGGUGGAUUUCUGGGGAGGGGGGGUGGGGGAGGUUGUGUUAAGCUGUAAAUAAAAUUUCCCAAAAAACCUCACCUGUUCCGGCUUCAGCGAUAGCUGCGCAAUCUGCAUUCGCUCCGUAAGACACACACACACAUUUCCCCUUACUUUUUAGGAGGGAAAAAGUGCGUCUUAUAGAGCGAAAAAUACGGUAAUUUCAGCCUUCAGGUAAGCGUGCAUUUCCAUUUCCGAUGUACAGAGGGUUACUGUCUAACUGCCUGCUAGCUGGCUACAGGUGGGCAAGGUCCAGAGCCGAGUCCUUGGCUGAUAAGAACAGACUCUGUUAUGUCCUGCAGGCAGGGCCACCCUGGAAGGGGAGUCAUGGGGGCAGAGGUACCCGCAUUGUCUGUUUGUACCUGGAAUUGUAGGAGACAGGGGCCCAGGGGCCAUCAGAAUGCUGAUGACACUUGGCUCUCUGAUUCUUCAUAACAAGGAGGGACCUGGUGCGUCCUGGGGACUGGAGUCCAGAUGCAGCAAAGGUUUGCAGUGAUGGUGCCAGGCGAGCCUGCUUGGGAAGAGCGCCCCACAAGCAAGAGCAAUUUAACCCAUCAUGCCUUUCUCUUUGCUGCCAACCCUCAGGUGACCCUCUCCUCCGCUCCACCACCGCGCGACGGAGGCCUCUUCAUCGCAGCCUGGCCUGCAGCAGUUUGGAAGCCGCCUCCGAGGAGCUGCCUCUGUCCCCAGACCUCCACCUGAAGGAGAUCAAGUCCCCGCACCGCGUCUCCUGGAUAGAGGGGAUCCCGACCACGCCUCCUCCCGCCUGGCCGUUGCAAAAGUCCAGCUCUGAAUCCUCCCUACUGAGCGAGAACAUUUUGCUGCCUCCCAUCCCUGAACUCGACUCGCUCUCCGUCAGCAGCGUGGAGGACGAGACGGAGGGGCUCCUCGCCGCGGCGGCCGCUCAGCAGAAGAAGCAGCGCCGUUCCUCCUCCGCCCUGAGUUACAAGGUCUUCCAGCGCCUCUCCGCCGUGGGCAGCACGCUCAGCGGGUUCCUCUCGGCCGAACGCCGGGUGUCCAAGCGGGUGCAGGAGCUGGCCCAGGAGCCGUCCUCCUACGUGGGAGGGCUGGUGCAAAGCUUCGUGGGGCACAUCCUGCGCGGAGCUGGGAAACGGCACGCGACCAGCACCGACCUGCUCCAGGAGAUCCGGCAGAUGAUCAGUAACCUCAAGGGCUACCUGUGCGAGAGCUCGGAGCUGCACGUGGUCUGCGAGCAAAGCGAGGCAGAGGAGAUGGACCUGGGUAUUUAUCGUUAUUAAGUUCAUAUCCCGCCCUUCCUCUUCGAGCGAUCCAUAGUUAAAAGCAGAAGUCGGCAAAUGUGCCCUCUUUUUUUCUCUUCAAAGUAUGGCAGCCCUACUUGAGAGUCGUCUCUUUUGAAUAGUUUUGGUUGCUGGCAGUAGUGUAAAGGUAAAGGGACCCCUGACCAUUAGGUCCAGUCGUGACCGACUCUGGGGUUGCGGUGCUCAUCUCGCUUUAUUGGCCGAGGGAGCCAGCGUACAGCUUCUGGGUCAUGUGGCCAGCAUGGCUAAGCCGCUUCUGGCGAACCAGAGCAGCGCACGGAAACACCGUUUACCUUCCCGCCGGAGCGUACCUAUUUAUCUAAUUGCGUUUUGAUGUGCUUUCGAACUGCUAGGUUGGCAGCAGCAGGGACUGAGCAACGGGAGCUCACCCAGUCGUGGGGAUUCGAACCGCCGACCUUCUGAUCGGCAAGUCCUAGGCUCUGUGGUUUAACCCACAGCGCCACCCACGUCCCAUAGUUAAAAGUAGAAGUCGGCAAAUGUGCCCUCUUUUUGUCUCUUCGAAAUAUGGCAACCAUAGCUGUCAACUUUUCCCUUUUCUUGCGAGGAAUCCUAUUUGGAAUAAGGGAAUUUCCCUUUAAAAAAGGGAAAAGUUGACAGCUAUGAUGGCAACCCUACUUGAGAGUCGUCUGUUUUGAAUAGUUUUGGUUGCUGGCAGUAGUGUAGCCGUGGCAAAUUCAGAAGGACAGGGUCCCUUCAUGGCCACACCCCAUUCAAAGAUAAUACAACCUUCUAAAAUUAUACAAUAUUUUUUUAAAGAAAAAUUACUCAGAAAACUGCGUUUGCAGGUUGACGUUUCAGCCCACUGCAAAUUAUUGCACAGACUAUCAGUAUGGGUGGGCGCUGCUCUCCAUUGCUCCCUCCUCCCCUCUCCCAAUUAACCUCCAUCUCCUGGGCUCAGACUCUGUAGGGUCUGCCCUCCUCCACUGCCAUCUCCCAAUUAACCUCCGUUUCCAGGGCCCACAUCUGUGACGUCACCAGGGCUCCCCCCAGGUCUCAGAUUUGGGUCCUGAAAUCUCAGUGACUGGGGUUCUGCUGACUUGGCAACCCCACGACCUCCUGCUCUUCCUCCUCCUCCUCCUCUUGUGCUACUCUGCAUGGCCAAGGUUGCCAUCUUGGUGGGGGGCAAAGCUCUGUCGACCCCCAAAACAGAAACCGUCACACUGUCAGGUUACCUGCUUCCCGGCAAAGCUGCUUAUAAAUGUAUUUCAUCUUAUCUCUGAGCAGCCGAAAAUAACACCCCUGCCAUUUCCACUCUGGACCGCGGCCAGCUUGCGACAUUGCUAUCUGCUCACACGUGGGCCAGAGCAGAGCACUUAGGAAGCUGUGGUUGAGGCUUUGAUGCAGCCCACACCGUACGCAGCAGAGGCAGCUGGGAGGGAGCAGAUGCAAAGAGGAACCGAGGUAGCUUCCUGGACACAAAGAAAUCCAAAGAGCCUUUGGAUUCCCUGCGCUUGUUUGUUUGUUGGGCUUUGGCCCACCUCCUGAUGUUUCCACCCAGAAUACAGAAUCAGGUUUCUUAGAAUCAUAGAGGACCCUCGUACCUACGGGACCGCCUCUCCUGGUAUGCCCCACGGAGGACCUUAAGGUCCAUAAAUAGCAACACCCUAGAGGUCCCGGGCCCUAAGGAAGUCAGAUUAGCCUCAACCAGAGCCAGGGCCUUUUCAACACUGGCCCCGGCCUGGUGAAACACUCUGUCUCAUGAGACCAGGGCCCUGCAGGAUCUGAUUUAUUUCCACAGGGCCUGUAAGACAGAGUUGUUCCGCCUGGCCUUUGGCUUGGAAUCAACUUGAUUCCCUUCCCCUCUUCCUUUUUCCUUUCUCCUUCUGUGAUGGAACUCCUAUUUGGGGACUUCACUGGCUUUUUUCUGGCCCAUGUAGGACCAGUCUGGAAAGUUAGCCUUGGUGAAGACUUGACGUUUUCAUCCCCAAAAAAGCUUUUGAUUUGAGUUUCCAUUGAAAUGAGGCUGCAUUUUAAUGUUUUAAUGUUGUAUUUUAAUCUUGUUUUUAAGUUGUAUUUCAAUGAAUUUGCUUUAUAUCGGGUAUUAGCCGCCCUGAGCCCAGUCUUGGCUGGGGAGGGCGGGGUAUAAAGAAAUGUUAUUAUUAUUAUUAUAGAGUUGGAAGGGACCCCAGGGGUCAUCCAGUCCAACCCCCUGCAAUGCAGGAAUCUCAACUCCUGAGAACUUUCCAAUUCUCACUUUAAAGGGUGGGACAGUAUAGCUGUAUAGCUGUAUAGCUGACUCUUAGCUUAAGCAGGGGUUAUGUUCCAAAACCAUAAUUGUGUGUAGUCAAAACACACUCUCCCUGCACCUCUGAAUGCCAUAUUGUAGAAGACACUGAGCUUUUAACAUAUUGAGCCGUCAACAACAACAAAAAACCCCUUAGCCAGUGGCGGAGCAAGGCGAUCGGGCGCCUGGGGCGGUGCGCAUGCCUGGCGCCCAGGCGUGGGGCCAGCCGGGGCAGGACGCUCCAUGGUGCCUCCAAUGAGUCUGCCUGCCUCUUCCCACUCAGCCGCCCUACAGCUGAGGGGGAGGCGGCAGGCAGACCGUUUGGGCUGCACGGAACCGGCGCGUACCCAAGCCACCACUUCACUCCCAGGAGAGAUGCGUGGCUUGGGCGUGCUGCAGGCCCCACGGUGAGUGCCACCCGGCAUUUUGUCACCCCCCUCAGAGGUGAUCCCAGGGGCAACCCACCCCUACCGCACCCCCCUUCCUCCGCCCCUGCCCUUAGCCAGCUGAAAAUGCAACCUUUCAGUUCUGAAUUCACUCUACGUUGGGCUGCCCUUGAGACUGACCCAGAAACUCCAGUAAUAAUAAUAAUAAUAAUAAUAAUAAUAAUAUCUUUAUUGUCAUUGCCCCCUUCGGGGACAACGAAAUUACUUGACUGCUCCAUAAAAACACUAAUUAAACAAUACAGUAUAAUACAGCAAGGGAGAUUAGAUGACUUUCAAAGUCCGGGCUUCCCAUUCAGGGCCGAGAUCGCUCUGGAGAAGAAGCUGUUCUUUAGACGGCUCGUUCUUGUCUUCAUCGUCCUGUAUCUCCGUCCCGACGGCAAGAGCUCGAAGAGACAGUGACCAGGAUGCGAUGGAUCUUUUACUAUGUCCAGUGCCUUCCUGGCACCAUUGCUCCUCCGCUCUGGGGGGGGGGAAAUACUUGCCCUCCGAUACACCACUUGCCUGACCUACAGUGGUGCCUCGCAAAACGAAAAGAAUCCGUUCCGCGAGUCUCUUCGUCUUGCGGUUUUUUCGUCUUGCGAAGCAAGCCCAUUAGCGGCUUAGCGGAUUAGCGCUAUUAGCGGCUUAGCGGGCUUAGCGGAUCAGCUGAUUAGCGGCUUAGCGGCUUAGCGGAUCAGCUGAUAAACGGCUUAGCGGCUUAGCGGAUCAGCUGUUAAGCGGCUUAGCGGAUCAGCUGAUAAGCGGCUUAGCAGAUCAGCCGUUAAGCGGCUUAGCGGUUUAGCGGAUCAGCUGAUAAGCGGCUUAGCGGCUUGGGAAAAGGGGGGGGGAACUCGCAAGACAUUUUCGUCUUGCGAAACAAGCCCAUAGGAAAUUUGUUUUGCGAAGCACCUCCAAAACGGAAAACCCGUUCGUCUAGCGGGUUUUCCGUCUUGCGAGGCAUUCGUCUUGCGGGGCACCACUGUACAUGCUCCACAGUAAUGUGUCGUGGCUUCAUUUUCUCUUCGCCUCCCUCUUCCCCUUUCUUGUAUCAUUUUCCUGCUAGGUUCCGUGGUCGAAGCCGCUCUGUACAAAUGCAUGCUGAAGCCUCUCCGGAACUCCAUCUACGCCCAGUUGCACGAAUUCCACGCCCACAACGGCACCCUGGACAAGCUGCGCGAGCACCAGGCCACCAUGAGGCGGCAGAGCCUGGCUGAGCUGGGCGUGACGGCCGGCGUCCCAGAUGCGGCCGCCUUAGAGCGCAUCCAGGCCAAGCUGAACCUCAUGCACCAGGCUUAUUCCCCCAAGAAAAAGGAGGCGCACAUGCUCAAAGCCUGCAAGAUGCUCUACGAAGCCAUGAACCAGGCGGCAGGAGGAACAGGUAGGGAGGCUGCCUUGGCAACAUCUCUCUGAGAAGGGUCAGAGCUCAGUGGUAGAGAGCAGCUGGUUUGCCUCCAGCAAGGUCCCAGUUUCAAUCCCCAGCUGGGGAAGGCUUCCCUGUCUGAAAUUCCGGAGAGUGGCUGCCAGCCAGUGUAGGCAGCACUGAGGUGCAUGGAUCAAGUGGCCUGACUUGGGAAGAAGUGCUUUUCUUCUUGCUUGUCUUGAAGAAUAAUAAUAAUAAUAAUAAUAAUAAUAAUUAUUAUUAUUAUUAUUAUUAUUAUUUAUUAUUUAUACCCCGCCCAUCUGGAUGAGUUUCCCCAGCCACUCUGGGCGGCUUCCAAUCAAGUGUUAAAAACAAUACAGCAUUAAAUAUUAAAAACUUCCCUAAACAGGGCUGCCUUCAGAUGUCUUUUAAAAAGAAGAUAGCUGCUUAUUUCCUUCACAUCUGGUGGGAGGGCGUUCCACAGGGCGGGUGCCACUACCGAGAAGGCCCUCUGCCUGGUUCCCUGUAACCUCACUUCUCGCAAUGAGGGAACCGCCAGAAGGCCCUCGGUGCUGGAUCUCAGUGUCCGGGCUGAAUGAAUCUCUCAACAUUCAGCUUCACCAAACGCCCCUGAGUCCCAGUACAGUCAUACCUCGGAGCCGAACGGAAUCCGUUCCGGAAGUCCGUUUGACUUCCGAAACGUUCGGAAACCAAGGCGCGGCUUCCGAUUGGCUGCAGGAAGCUCCUGCAGCCAAUCGGAAGCCAUGGAAGCCCCGUUGGACUUUCGGGUUCCAAAGAACGUUUGCAAACCAGAACACUUCCAGGUUUGUGGCGUUCUGAACCUGAAACGUUCGAGUCGACAAUUUUGUUGUUCUGUAUGGGACAACGACAAUAAAGAUUAUCGUAUCGUACGACUAUAUUAUGAGAGAAAGAGAGAAUCAUUUCUCUGCAUCCGCUUUCCUUGCACCUGAACAGUAGGGCUGGCUCUGAUGGUGUUCUUCCAUUUUUCCAUUUUCGGAAGAGCCUUUUGGCGCCGACGACUUCCUGCCGGUUCUGAUCUACAUGCUGGUGAACUGUGACGUGGUUUCGGUGCAGCUGGAUGUUGAGUACAUGAUGGAACUGAUGGACCCCAGCCAGCUGCUGGGAGAAGGUAACCCGGCAAGUUGUGCCAGACCUAGAUCUGUCCCUUGGGCAUCCUGAAAUGAUAUGGAUUUUUGCUGGGUACUGGAUGUCCUCCCAAAGUUUAGGGUUAAUGUCUCUAGGAGAUCCCAGAAGUCUCUGCCUCAUGUUGUCAGGAGCGGGUGUCAGGAACAAGCCAGCAAUAAAUCAUAUGGCAUAAGUUGACUCUUUAUUAAAGGAAACCAGGUUGAAUCAGGAGACCAGGCCUAGUGAGCUCAGCACCUCAUCCCUGUAGAUCUUGCCCCAGGUGCAGAAGUGAGAACUGAAGGUCCCUGCCUUCUCACAGUUCCCUAAGUCUCCUUCCCAAGCAAUCUGGGGCUCUGUUGUCUUCUCUCUCUCUGCUCUCCCCUUUUCAUACCUCUUCUGGUUCUUGGAGACCAGGGGGGGAAGGGAGCUUGUCACAGCAGGAGGGGGAGACCCCCUGGCUUCUUCCCCAGCCUGCCUCACCUCUGCCUCUUGGCCCCCUUCCUCUCCUACCUCUGAUUCUAGACUGCUCUCUGCCACAGACUCUCCCAGCUCACGAAGCCCUGUUCCCUCUUCAGUUUCCAACCUCCUCUUCCCCAUCUUCUCCCUCUGACUACUCAUUGCCGUCCCACCACCAAUCCCUGGGCUCUGAGCCUUCUUCUCUUGGGGGAUCCUCUAUCUGGUUCCUCCCACCAUUCCUCUGCAUCCAGCCAGUCCAUGACACACAUAUAGGGAAUAGAGCACAGGUGGGAGGGAGCUGUUGGACUUCAGCUCCCAUCAUCCCCAGCCAGCAUGACCCAAUGGUCAGGGAUGAUGUGAGUUGUAGUCCAGCAACAUAUUUUUAAAUUUUUUUUAUUCAUUUAUUGAAUUUAUAUACAGUCUUAUACCUACCGUAUUUUUUGCUGUAUAAGACUCACUUUUUCCCUCCUAGAAAGUAAGGGGAAUUGUGUGUGCUUUUUAUGGAGCGAAUGCAGGCUGUGCAGCUAUCCCAGAAGCCAGAACAGCAAGAGGGAUUGCUGCUUUUACUGUGCAGUGAUCCCUCUUGCUGUUCUGGCUUCUGAGAUUCAGAAUAUUUUUUUCCUUGUUUUUCUCCUCCAAAAACUAGGUGCAUCUUGUGGUCCGGUGCGUCUUAUAGAGUGAAAAAUACGGUAUACAGUGGUACCUCUGGAUGCGAAUGGGAUCUGUUCCGGAGCCCUGUUCGCAUCCGGAAGCAAACGCAACCCGCGUCUGCACGUCUGCGUGGGUCGCGAUUCGUCGCUUCUGCGCAUGCGCGUGACGUCAUUUUGAGUGUCUGCACAUGCGCGAGCGGCGAAACCCAGAAGUAACGCGUUCUGUUACUUCCGGGUCACCUCGGAGCGCAACCCGAAAAUGCUCAACCUGAAGAAACUUCAACCCAAAGUAUGACUGUACAUAUGGCAAGCCACGGGUUUUGCAUCCCUAGAACAGUCUCCACUUCUACUGCAUUUGAGUUAAUUGAACUGCGCUGAUGUGCACUGAAGCACACCAAGCGAUGAUGUCUUUGCCAAUGGGCACAGGAUUAGCGUUUCUAUUUUCGCUCUAAGGAACAUUCUGGUUCAGGGAGUGGCCCAGCUGGUGGACAGGUGAGAACAGUGGCCCAGGUGUCGCUUCUGUGCUUAAGCCAGGCCUGAGUUCAGUCCUCUGAAGGGUUCGGAUCCAACAUUGCACAAUAGCCUUCCUGAGCCUGUGCAUCUCCAUCCUGACACGGGUUUUCUUUUUUUCUUUUUUUCUUUUUAAAUGAUAUUUAUUAAAGUUUCACAAAAAAAAGAAUCACAUUAAUAAAAAAGAAGAAUUUCAGAAUAAAAUAAAUAAAUAAAAAUACACAAUACCAAAUACAAAAAGAAAAAAAGAAAAAACAGCUAAAAACAAUUCCGUCUUUUCAUUACUUCUUUUACAUUUACUUGUUUCCCGGACCUCCUCAUACCUCCCUCUUUUGUAUUCCAGUUCAGUUUGUUAGUCCAGCAAUUUCUUUCCCUCCUUUUUAAUCCUGAUCUUUAAUCUUAAUAUAUUAUAACAUUAAAUUUUUACCUAUUAAAAACCAAUUUUUCCAUUCUUUUAACCAUUACUGCUAGAAACCGCUUAACUUCAAUCCGUCAUCAUUCUAACAUUCAUUAAUUUUACAAUAUUUCUGUAAGUAGUCUUUAAAUUUCUUCCAGUCUUCUUCCACCGACUCUUCUCCCUGGUCUCGGAUUCUGCCAGUCAUUUCCGCCAAUUCCAUAUAGUCCAUCAUUUUCAUCUGCCAUUCCUCCAGUGUGGGUAGAUCUUGUGUCUUCCAAUACUUUGCAAUAAGUAUUCUUGCUGCUGUUGUAACUGACGCGGGUUUUCUCUUCUUCCUCCCUCUCGCGCUGCAGGAGGCUAUUACCUCACCACCUGGUUUGGCGCCCUUUUCCACAUCGAGAACUUCCAGCCAGCGGCCACGGUAACGCGGCAAAUCAGCAUCGAGGCCCAGCGCUCCAUCCAUCAGUGGCAUCGGCGCCGAACCAUCCACCAUCACCACGCCAACCGGCGCCAUUCCCAGGUGAGGCUGGAGUCCGCGAAAGAAGUCCUGUGCUGAAGUGCUAAGGGCUAAGAAGUGGGAGAGAGCAAGGGAUUCUGGGAGCCAAAUUCCGGGAUGGGGUGCGGAACUCAGUCAGGCCAGUGUAGUACCUCCCCCACACCUGUUCCUCACCUGUCAAUCAAACUGACAUCACAAUGAUGUCGGGUGACUUUUUUGGGGGGCUACAGAGUUUGAAAUCAAAGGGACAACUUACAGGGUGCCUGGGUGCUUUUCCUGGUGUGGAUGGAAACGGGGAAUGACUGAUAUCUCUUGGGGUUGCAGGCUCACUCUUUGGUAUCAGAUCAUCUUUACUGGCUGCCCAUCCACUACCAGGCCGGGUUCAAGGUCCUUGCAUUAAUUAGCUGAGGUUCAGGUUGACCCAGGGACACCUUUAUAUCCCAGCCCAAUCCCUGAGAUCAUCUGCAGGAGCGUCGCUGGUUGUUCCGCAAGUUCAUAGUACAGUUGUACCUUGGUUUACGAACUUAAUCCAUGAAUUUAGUCCAUUCUUAAACCAAAGCGUUCUUAAACCAAGGUGUGCUUUCCCAUAGCGGCGGGGGACUCAAUUUACAAAUGGAACACACUCAACAGGAAGCAAAACAUGUUCUGCUUCCAAGGCAAAGUUCACAAACCAAAACACUGGGUUUGCAGCGUUCUUAAUCCAAGUUGUUCAUAGAAUCAUAGAAUCAUAGAAUCAUAGAGUUGGAAGAGACCACAAGGGCCAUCGAGUCCAACCCCCUGCCAAGCAGGAAACACCAUCAGAGCACUCCUGACAUAUGGUUGUCAAGCCUCUGCUUAAAGACCUCCAAAGAAGGAGACUCCACCACGCUCCUUGGCAGCAAAUUCCACUGUCAAACAGCUCUUACUGUCAGGAAGUUCUUCCUAAUGUUUAGGUGGAAUCUUCUUUCUUGUAGUUUGGAUCCAUUGCUCCGUGUCCGCUUCUCUGGAGCAGCAGAAAACAACCUUUCUCCCUCCUCUAUGUGACAUCCUUUUAUAUAUUUGAACAUGGCUAUCAUAUCACCCCUUAACCUCCUCUUCUCCAGGCUAAACAUGCCCAGCUCUCUUAGCCGUUCCUCAUAAGGCAUCGUUUCCAGGCCUUUGACCAUUUUGGUUGCCCUCCUCUGGACACGUUCCAGUUUGUCAGUGUCCUUCUUGAACUGUGGUGCCCAGAACUGGACACAGUACUCCAGGUGAGGUCUGACCAGAGCAGAAUACAGUGGCACUAUUACUUCCCUUGAUCUAGAUGCUAUACUCCUAUUGAUGCAGCCCAGAAUUGCAUUGGCUUUUUUAGCUGCCGCGUCACACUGUUGGCUCAUGUCAAGUUUGUGGUCAACCAAGACUCCUAGAUCCUUUUCACAUGUACUGCUCUCAAGCCAGGUGUCACCCAUCUUGUAUUUGUGCCUCUCAUUUUUUUUGCCCAAGUGCAAUACUUUACAUUUCUCCCUGUUAAAAUUCAUCUUGUUUGUUUUGGCCCAGUUCUCUAAUCUGUCAAGGUCGUUUUGAAGUGUGAUCCUGUCCUCUGGGGUGUUAGCCACCCCUCCCAGUUUGUUCUUAAACCAAGGUACCACUAUAUCAUAGAAUUGUAGAGCCGGAAGGGACAUGAUCAUGCAACAUCCAGAAAGUGUAAGAGCUGCAUAAGAACAGCAAUCCUCCCCAAAAUAUUAUUAUAAAUGAGCCUCUGACAUACGUACCUUAAGUACAUCUACAAACUCAUUGAGAGGUGUGACCUUGCUUUUGCUGGGUAAUCUUCUUGUAUCAGGUCUCAUAUGAGACAAACCCAACUCUCAUCAACGAAAAGACUCCUUUCUCUUUUCCAGUCUUUCAUAUCAGCCACAGUUGAAAUUCACAACAAUGUCCCGUGGAGAACCGUGGAAGACUAGCCAAUUGCUCGUGAAAAGAUCUCUCUCCAUAUUCUGCAAAUAGAAAUAUUUUGAUACUGUACUAUACUACAUUGAAAUGUAGAAAGGUUUCUUUGAUUGCCCUUGAAUCUCCCCACCAGACUUGCCAUCUAACAUAUAACACCGGUCCUGAAAGACCUACAUUGGCUCCCAGUACGUUUCCGAGCACAAUUCAAAGCGUUGGUGCUGACCUUGAAAGCCCUAAAUGGCCUUGGCCCAGUAUACCUGAAGGAGCGUCUCCACCCCCAUCGUUCAUGAGGUCCAGCUCCGAGAGCCUUUUGGCGACUCCCUCACUCUGAGAAGUGAGGUUACAGGGAACCAGGCGGAGGGCCUUUUUGGCAGUGGCACCCUCCCUGUGGAACGCCCUUCCAUCUGAUGUCAAGGAAAUAAACAACUAUCUGACUUUUAGAAGACAUCUGAAGACAGCCCUGUUUAGGAAAGUUUUCAAUGUCUGAUGUUUUAUUGUGUUUUUAGUCAGAUGGGUGGGGUAUCAAUAUAAAGGUAAAGGUAACAGGACCCCUGACCGUUAGGUCCAGUCGUGAUGACUCUGGGGUUGCGGCGCUCAUCUCGCUUUAUUGGCCGAGGGAGCCGGCGUACAGCUUCCGGGUCAUGUGGCCAGCAUGACUAAGCUGCUUCUGGCGAACCAGAGCAGCACACGGAAACGGCGUUUACCUUCCCGCCGGAGCGGUACCUAUUUAUCUACUUGCACUUUGACAUGCUUUCGAACUGCUAGGUUGACAGGAGCAGGGACUGAGCAACGGGAGCUCACCCUGUCACGGGGAUUCGAACCGCCGACCUUCUGAUCGGCAAGUCCUAGGCUCUGUGGUUUAGCCCACAGUGCCACCCGCGUCCGGGGUAUCAAUAAUACAUUAUUAUUAUUAUUAUUAUUAUUAUUAUUAUUAUUAUUAUCUGCUCCUGCCACUCAAAUAUGUUGGAGAACCAUUGCUUCAAUGGCAGGCCUACUACCUCAAGGGCCUUGGCCACACGGUAACUUCUUGCUUCCCACCCCCCUUCAGAACAUCCUCUAUGUCUCCUUCUGCGAACCCUUCAACAACCAGAAGACCAUCUCCGUGCCCCCUGACAUGACAACAGCAUCCGUGUGCGCCGUGUGCGCUGAGAAGUACGGCGUCUCCGAUCCCGAGUCCCACGGCCUCUUCUUGGUGUCGCACGGCUCCUCUCUGCUCUUGGCCGGGGACAGCUGCCCGCAGAGACUCCGCUCAGAGACCCUCCAGACCCAAGGGGGGCUCGGGAGUUUUGUCUACAAGCCCAAAGACAAGGGGCUCCCUGCUACCGCCGCUCCCCCUUCCAUUUCGAACCCUGACCGCUCGACUGAGGUCCAGGAGCCCCUCAAAAGCAAGGACACGGGGCAACCGGAUUGA